ACAACAUCUCGACACUAAGACAUCCAUUUCCUAUCGAAACAUCAUCAAGGGGCUAACAGCAGCUCCCUCCAAUCGGCGAGGCUCUAUCUAAUAGCUAAUACAUAAUUUGGUAAUUCUAUAAUCCUACUCGCAUCCCAUCAUAUCUACCUAUAUAGUAUAAUCUGCAACACAUAACAACAAUGCCAACCCCUCAACCGGACAUCGAGGAAAACCAGCCCUCAUCUUCAUGCCGCGACGCCCUCUCCUUCUCAAACCUCCGCCGACCAGUGCAAGUAGGAGAUACAAGCCCCAGCAAUGUAUUCUGGAUAUGGCCCUUCCUCGGGCCUCUGCUCGUCGUGAAUGAGAGCAGCGACACACGCGACCACUGCGCCAAUGAGAGGACCUUCCUAUCCUACCUCCGGCUCUCUAUUUACAUGGCCGUCGUCGCGAUAGCCAUUGUAUCAUCCUUCCACCUCAAGUCGCAGCCCUCGGACCUGGAAUUGCGCAUGGCCCGACCCCUCGGCAUCAUCUUCUGGCUACUAUCUCUAGCCUGUCUAGUCCUCGGAUUUGGAAAUUACAUAAAAACCCUAGACAAAUACAGCAGGAAAGUAGCGAUAGUCCAAACGGGCUGGAGGACGCAAUCGAUCAUGUCUCUCAUCGCACUGUCGAUCGUAAGCACCUGUGUGAUUCUACUAGUAAUUGAAAAACUCCGAGAUGAGAGUUAAUUACAAUAUCCACAACUUCAGCAAUCUGUUUUCUUUCUUUUUGCUGAUUUGGACGUUAUGUACAUGAUCUCCUUCCAUGAAUCUGCUGGUAUAUAUACGUUGUAUCUCUGCCCAAAGUGCGCCAAACCCC